AUUCCCUGUUCAUCUGAAACACGCCUUUUACGUCAAAAGAAAUAAAUCUUUUUGUUCGUUCUCCUUUUGGCCGUCGAAACGAUCACAAAGAUUUAUUUGUUUGGAUCUCGCAGACCGUCGUUGCAACGAGCAAGUCGCUGUCAGCCAACAAGGAAAGAACAACCACAAGAAACAAUUAACUAAGUUAACAUUGGCAACAGAUCAGAAAGAAAAAGUCAAGAGAGAAGAGACAACAAUGAUAGUACCAGUUGGAUCCAAACCAAUGCUGACGGUCAUUAUCAUUUUGCUCUGCCAGUGUUGUUUUGUUGCUGCCUACAAGCAAUGCGCUCCGGAAGAUGGUGGUGGCAUUUGUCCUGACCACAGUACUUGCUGUCCAACAGGCACUCCUGGGGUUUCCUCCUGUAUUUCUGCCAAAGUAGGAGAGACGGGAACCUGUUGUUCGGACGAUGGUCUCGGGGUCACGGGUUGUCCAACAGGAUACGAAUGCAAGAAGAGAGGGCAAGAUCAACAAACUGAAAAGAGAAAAUUGCGAUCAACCAGUCAGCAGCAGGUUCCAUUCGAAAUCAACAGCAACAGCAACAACCAGUCAGACCUCUACUGCCAUCGAUUGGAUCCAGAUUAUGAUGGCCCCCGGCCCAAGCCCCUCGCUGUUCCGCGUUAUAAGCUCUGCGCGUUACCCCACAAAGUCCUGACACAAGUGUAUGGGUUGCCCAUGAAUGAGGACGUCUCACCUGGAAUAGCGACAACGAGCUCCGACACUGCUGGUGUUGUUGAGUCUUCCAAAAAGAAGAAGAACGUGGCCUAUUUUUCCACCAUGGGAUCCUUGGACUCGCACAACCCUUCCGACUUGAAAAAUCAUCAGCGAGUCAAAACGGCCUUGAUCAUGAUUCAUGGAUCCGGCCGUACCGCGGAAGAUUAUCUCUAUGGGGCCGUCUCCUCGUUGCCAAAAGAACAACAAGAUCCCAACAAUGCCACCAUCCUGGUCUUGUCCCCUUGGUUUUUGGAUCCACAAGACGACAAGUACCUGGAUGACAGCAGCAACGGUGAUAUUAACUCUCAGCAGCAACAACAACAGAAUGACAAUAUACCGGUCCCUCUUCCACCUCAUACGCUUCGAUGGAUUGAGAACGGUGAUGUCCUGGCACAUACGUGGCGAUAUGGCGCUCCCGCCAUUCAUUCCAACAACAUUAGCUCGUUUGAUGCCAUGGAUCGCAUGGUGGAAACGCUAGUGGCGUUGCAAAACAAAAACAACCGAUUUCCCGCCUUGGAACGCAUUCUGGUAGCGGGUCAUUCGGCGGGAGGACAAUUUGUGCAACGAUGGGCGCUCCUCUCCAACAGUCCUGCGUGGAAGUCAGCCAAAGUUGCCAUUCGUUCCAUCCCCGCCAAUCCUCGCUGCUUUGCCUAUUUGGACGAUCGACGAUUUGUAUACGACAGUGAUAACGAUAACAGUAUGAGCUUUCAACGUCCCAGCAAUGCCACAAUUGUUUCGUGUCCGGACUACAAUGAAUGGAUUUGGGGAUUGGAUCCAGGUGGAGAUGUUGUGGCGCCCUACAAGGACCACGCCAUUGCGGCGGCGGGAGGGAUCCAGGCGCUGUCGCAUCGCUAUGUGACGCAGCGUCGAGUCGUGUACUUGGCGGGUGGGGAAGACUUGCAAGUCUUUGCCGAUGACUGUGGAUCGGUGAUUCAGGGGAACACACGACGGGAAAGGUCUCGUCGGUUCAUGAUGUCACUCUGGGAGGCAUAUCCCAAAGAAAUGAAGGCGCAACUUCAUACACGGCUGGUGGUACCAGGGGUUCCUCAUGAUCAUGCACUCAUGUUUCAGAGUGCGGAAGGACAAGAAGCUCUGUUUGGAACGGAAGACAGAAAUGAGAAAGAAGGGAUGGAAGUACUCGUACCAAUCGUGAUGGAAUAAGGGUUCUUGUUCAUACAUGGGCAACGACAAACGACUCAGUCUAGCUAGUGGGCGUCCAGCAGUAUUACAACCUUCUAAUGCGUUCCGCUGGAGCGGUACUCGUACCGGUACAUACACGUGAUGUGACGGGAUAGCUAUCCGUGUUGAGUAUAUUAAUAGUACAGUGUAGCAACGAGACCUAACUUGCCAACUAUUUUCGAAUAUUGAUUGGUCAAUUCAAUAGUCGCCUUCUUCAUUCAAUACUUA